CUUUCCUUGUUUAAUUAUAUCGCAUGUAUCAAUUCGAAACGCGACACAUCUACCAUCGACGUCUUACCAAUAAAUGCGCAUGCGCAGGUUCACAUUAGUCGUGAGUAAAGUCGCUUAAUUGCGUGUUUACCUUUAAUUAGUGCCUAUAAACGUUUCCCGAUUACGUUCACUUAAUUGAACCGCUAAAGGUGUAGAAUGUGAAGUAUUUUAAACGAUGAGUACGCUUUUGUUUCAUUUGCUGGUUGUAUGCAAAGGUGGUAUAUUCAAAGUAAAUGUGCAUCAGACGUAGUAGUUUAUUAAAGUACUACGCUUGUUUUGUGAAGAGGUUAAUCCAGUCAAUCGGUAUUUUAUGUAAACUGGAAAUGAGUCGCAUGGCAAACGGAAAACUGGAAUUCAUGAAUGGGGAGUAUGUGAAUGAUUACGAAGUCGACGACACAUUUAUUGCUCACCAGGAAUUGGAAGCUAUUAAAGCCAGGGUACGUGAAAUGGAAGAAGAAGCAGAGAGAUUAAAAGACGUUCAGUUUGAAACGGAGAAACACCUGAUUAUGAGCCCCCAGGCCAGUGGGGUGUUUUAUCCAGUGACGGCUGAAGAGAAGAUGGAUGCAGAUAACCGAUCAGUCUAUGUGGGCAAUGUGGAUUAUGGUGCUACAGCAGAUGAACUGGAAAUUCACUUCAGUGGAUGUGGUCCAGUAAAUCGUGUAACUAUCUUGUGUGACAAAUUCAGUGGUCAUCCUAAAGGAUUUGCAUACAUUGAAUUUUCAGAGGAGGACUCUGUGAAAACUGCAAUUACAUUUGAUGAGACACUGUUUAGAGGAAGGGUCAUAAAGGUGCUUCCAAAGAGAACUAAUGUGCCAGGCAUAAGCACUACAGACAGAGGUGGUCAAAGGGCUCCUCGGUACAGAGGUCGCAACUUUGGAUUCUCUAGGUUUUAUGGUGGUAACCAGCCCAGGCAUCGAGGCCGCUUCUUCAGGGGAGGCCAGAGAACUUCAUCUUGGUAAUCUCCACGUUAAAAGUACAUAAAGGAUAAUGCAAGAUGUGAGUGGGACAAGACGUUUAUUUAAAAAAAAAAA